AUAGGUAACACGGACUGAGGCCCUUCAUCCCUGGAAGACCACAUAACAGAACCAAAAGAGUGGAAGGGGGAUUUUCUGAGGAAACCUUCACUUGAGACUAUUGUAGAGGACCAUGAUUUCCCUCUGUUAAAAUCUCCUUGCCACAGAAAAGCACCAAGGCCAAGACAGGCAGAGAGGGCAGAAACUUCCCCCCUGCAGGGCUAGUUUUCUCUGUGCAGGGAGAUUUUCAUUCUUAGGUGGGAUCUCCCACCUGCCACCUUGAGUCAGGCAGUCCAUCCCAACACCUCAGGGCUCUGCCACCUCAUUCCUAGCACAUCCUCCUCAUUUUGUGGAGCAGGGCGGAGGGUCUUGGCUUCCCUCAGAAGGGAGGGUGAAGUGCUGAGGCUGGGAGCAGGUCAUGGAUUCAUUGCUCAAGAAUGUAUUUGCAGAGGUUAAGAGGAAACAUGGCAAGAAAGGGAGGGAGGCUGAUGAAUAAGAUAAGUGAGACUGACCCCCUUAUAGAAUGGGGGUCUGAGGGGAAGAGAGACGCGAUGCAGUAUCUUGAAUUGUGCCCUGAAGCCAGUCCAGAGAGAGGUUUGCUCAACAGACGGGGACAGAAAAUGUGUGUACCAAAAAGGGGUUCCCACUUUCUUUCUCUCCAUCCCAGGCAGAAGCAAAAAGACACCCUCUCCAAUGUGUGGUUAAGCAAAAAGAACCGCUAUGCAGCCAGCUCAGGUACAGGUGUGUGCAGCGAAGCUCCUUCGGUGACUGUGAGCAACAUAGACCAUGAAUCUCCCCUGGAAAACUGUUUGGACUUUUACCAUGUGGGCAUCUCGGCCUCUUCCCCAUAACGCUGCUAGCCCCCUGUCAAUAACGACAGCCCCUCUGGCCCCAGGAGUUUUGAAGGGGAGUUGGGAAGGGGGAGCCAAACGUCCCCACCGGGGUCUUCUCCACUCUUCUUUUGGCUGGUCUCCCAGUAUUAAUAUAUUUUCUCAGAUUUUAGCGUAUCCCUUCAUGGACCAGCCUUCCAGUGAUGAAAAGAAAUACUUCCUCCUCCUUCUUCUUCCAGGGUGGGGUGUCCUUUGAAGAGGUGGCUGUGCAUUUCACCCAGGGGGAGUGGACCCUGCUCUGCCCAGCCCAGAGAGCUCUCUACAAGGAGGUCAUGCUGCAGAAUUUUAGGAACGUGGCCUCCCUGGGACCUCAGAUUGCCAAACCUGACCUCAUAUCCUGGCUGGAGAAAGAGGAAGAGCUGUUUCUCCUGACCCCUGAGGAAGAGGAAGGCUUGGCAGCAGGCGGUGUCUGGGAAUCAAUGGCAGAAACAUCUGAUCAUCCAGGGAUGGAGAAAAAUGAUACGUAUUCAGAUGGGAAAGAAAAAGUUGAAUAUUGUCAUGUAUCGAGGAAGAAGACUGGAAAUCACCCCCAUAAUGGGAAGAAUAAUUCAGGUUUUUUACACGGUGGCGAUUCUCUUCUGCAAAAUAUGAGCAGAGAACAUGAUAUGAAAGAGCGCAUUGCAAUUAGGAAAAGUUUACCUGAAAAAUCAGAUAUUAAUAUUCAAUGGGGCAUCAAUAAAAAAAAGAAAAUAUAUAAAUGCCAGGAGAGUAGGAAAAGCUUUGGGCAGAAGGAUAACUUAACAAUGCAUCAAAGGAUUCACACAGAGGAGAAACCAUAUAAAUGCCUGGAGUGUGGGAAAUGCUUCAGUCGCAGUGGACGACUUAUUGACCAUCAAAGUAUUCACAGAGGGGAGAAACAAUAUAAAUGUCUGGUGUGUGAAAAAACUUUUGGGUGGAAGGAUAACCUAACUGUUCAUCAAAGGAUUCACACAGGGGAGAAACCAUAUAAAUGCCUGGAGUGCGGAAAAUGCUUCGGUGAUAGUAGGACCCUUACUUCUCAUCGAAGGAUUCACACAGGGGAGAAACCAUAUAAAUGCCUGGAGUGUGGAAAAAGCUUUCGGUGGAAGGAUAGCCUGACUGUUCAUCAAAGCAGUCACACUGGGGAGAAACAAUAUUGAUGCCUGGAACGCAGCAAAAGCUUUACUAAGAGUGAAAAACUUCCUGUGCAUCGAAGAAGUCAUAUAGAGGAGAAACCCUAUAAAUGCCUUGAAGGUGGAAAAAGCUUCAAUCACAGUAGAAGCCUUCCCAUCAAAGGAUUCACAGAGGGGAGAAGAAAUAUAAAUGAUUGGAAUAUGGAAAAAACUUCACUCACAGAGGAAGCCUUAUUUCUCACCAAAGAAUUCACACUGGGGAGAAGGCAUCAAAAUGAUUGGAGCAUGGAAACAGUUUCAGGAGAAAUAACCAGAUGUAGGGUAAUAGAAGUGGGGUGGAGUACAGAAUGGAGUCAAGAAUCACUGGGAGUUCUGUGCCGAUUCUCUGCCAAGUGAUUAAGCAGCCCUUGAUUCUGACCCAGCACGUCGCCCCGAAAGGAAAGAUCUUGACAGAUGGUGUGCCAUGGCGGGCUAACAAAUAAAGGGCAGAGAGAAGCGCUGAAGGUUUCAUUUGAGAGUUCCUGAGGACUUUACUCAUUUUAAUCCACUUGACUAUAGAUUUGAGAAUAUUUUUUCUUCUGUUUUCCAGUUCAGCCUGGAGACCAGAGCGGGAGGGCGCUGGAGGGAAGCCCAGGGAGGAGUGUUUAGGCUGUCAAUUAGGCCUCCCCUCAGCACCCUCUCGCUCGGGCCCCCAGGUUACUGUGAAGCACCUGUUUGCUGCUGGGAGGGGGUAUGCUAAAUCGACAGCCUAAGCGCUCUUUGCGCCUCACAAUUCAGCACACCCCCUUCUGGCAGCAAGUGGGCACUUCGCAGGGGCAUCGAGGCCAGAGUGUGCCUGCACGAGGAUAAAACAGUCGUCGGAUGCUAAUUAUAGAUUAUUUUAUUACAGUAUUUUAUUGCAUUACGUUGUAAUUUUGUAUGCCAAAUUAUUUUAUGUACUGUCCUUCCAAGCUCUGUUUGGUAGAAAUGGGCACAGCCAACCUUUACCCUCUGGUGCAGCCACAGUCCCUCAACCCCCCUCCCGUUGGAGAGAUCAGUUCCCUUGGAGGCAAUAGCAGCUUCGGAGGGUAGACUCUAUGGCACUGCAUCCCAGCUGAGCUCCCUCCUGUCCCCAAACUCUACCUUAUCCAAACACUGUCCCUGAGUCUCCAGGAAUUUCCCCAUCCUGAACUGGCCUCCCAAGUCACACCUGAUUGCUGGGUAGAAGGAGGCAGAAUGUGUUCACAUGAAUGCUUUCUGCAGUUGCUUUGAGGCUUCUUUCUGGUAAAGAGCAUGUUGCAAUAAGCAAUACAAUUCCUGGCACCUCCAGUUCAAGGGAUCUCAGGAGAAGCAGGACUGGAAAACACCCUUGCCUGAAAGCCCCUGCCACUUGGAGAUGACAACACUAAUAUGGGAGAAGUGACCUGUCUUGAAAGAAAGAAGUUGGAAAUUUUCAUAGUUUUGAGAUCUGCAGACACCGUUUCAACCUUCCCAACUCAACCAAGCAGGGGUACGGGCAGCCAGGCCUACUGGACAAUUUACACUAGGCCUCAGGCUUCCGUGAGGCCUACAGCCCCAGGAUCAUGACGACAGCAUUCUGCUUAAAACCUGAUUUGCCUUAAUCUUGGAGAAUUGUAAUGAUUAUAUAUUCAGCUAAGUUUGAGAAAUGUUAGGAGCCUAUUUUUUUAUCACAUGCAUUUUUCUGUGCUUGUAGGAUUAAUUUGCACCUAUCUAUAUGGAACAAGUUCUUGCCUAAUGAAAAGAGAUUUUUUAUUUUAAAUAAAAAGAGUCCAGUAGCACCUUUAAGACUAACCAAUUUUAUUGUAGCAUAUGAGGUUGAUGGAUU